AUGUCCAUCCCCACGCAAAUCGCCGAGACGGUGCAAACAGCACACAUUCAACGCGACCCAUCACCACACCACGACGCCAACCCAUCGACGUCGGCCUCGACACGGGAGCCCGUGCGCCUGGAAUCUCUACGGAAACAACAACACCAACGCGGCAGGGGCGAUGACGAAGACGACAUCGCCGUGGUGGCAGCAGAGGAGGACUCGGACGGCGAGGAGAGCGAUAUCCCCGUCAGCGUCCUCCGGCCGCAUCGUCGACGCCAUAGUUUCCCGCCCAUGCCCGACCUGCGCUUUGAACAGAGUUAUCUGCACAGUAUCGAGGGCGCCGAGGGGCGGUGGGGCAAGAUUGCCUGGAUUACAGUACGGGAUCAGAUCAUGAUGCCCUUGGCUCAGGGUGUCCUGUAUAACCUCGCGAUAUGCGGCUGGCAGUUUUGGAAUCGAAACGCACAGUACAGUGGAAGCUCGGCCGGUGCCAGGUUACGGCGUUGGUGGUACGAGGUGAACAACUGGAAGAUUCCCCAAAAGUCAAAGAGGUCGUGA